GUCAAUCCCUCCUCUUCUAUCUUAAAGCGCCCGUCCCCCCGGUGAAGAGCAGAAGAUGCGUGGCUCAAACUUCCUGUGCUGCGUCUGGCUCCUGAGUCUCCUUGUUAUGGGUAUGUUACAAUAAUUGACACAUUUCUUUUGUACUUGUACACAGGAAAGGUUGUCCUAUCCACAAAAUGUACACACAUUGUAAUGUGGCAAAUCAGAAUCAAUCAUCAACCAUUGUAGAACCAUGAGUCAGACAUUUUUGUUUAUAUAAUGGAAAUAAACUGUGCCGAGACAAUGUCCUAAAAGUUAUACUCUUCUCUGUUUUUUUUUUUUGUGUGUGGCUAUUCAUACGUUUAAUAAAACUUUCACAUAAAAGUGAUGUGGAUAAUUUUGAGCCUAAGUACUAAAAUAGGUUACCUUAGGUGGACAAUGUUGCUCAUUCUGGCUAACAAAAAUAUUGAAUUUUUAUUUUUAAUAAUUUUUUUCUUUACGAUCUACAUUUUACAAAUCCCUCUUUCCUGAGUAGAACUUCUUCAUGGUUGAAAUGAUAUCACAAUAUUUAAAAAAAAAAAAAAAAAAAAAAAAAUAAAAAUAUUUAAUUUUUUUUUUUAAUAAUUUUUUUUUUUAAGAUCUACAUUUUACAAAUCCCUCUUUCCUGAGUAGAAAUUUUUUAUUGUUGAAAUUAUAUUAUAAUAUUUAAAAAAAAAAAAAAAAAAAAAAAGGGGGCUUUGUUAAUAAAUAAACUGAUGAUUUUCUUUUAUGAUACAGUCAGUUUGGUGAGAAAUUUCUGUGUUAAGUUAUCGAUGGUUGUACAUUAAUUUAGAUAGUGAAAUCGUUUAGGCUAUGUGUGUUAAAUUCUUUUAAAUAAGUUAUACAUUAAUUUUGUUUUCUUCUUACUUUUACAUUUAAAGAGGCUAUUUACAAAUUUGUUUAGAAGUAAAAAAAAUAAAUAAAAUAAAUGUAUAUAUAUAUGAUGAUCGUCUUCAAUAUUUUGUUAAUAUAUAUAUAUUAAAACCUGAACAGAUUAUUCAAGUGUUUAUUAUUUCUUGUAUCAGCCAACUCUCUCAACAUUGACGUUCAGAACACGGAGCAAGCUGCAGCGCUGGUCGUCAACUGCACCUCGAAUCCCAUCGACGAAAGGGAGUUCAACCUGACAAAACUGAGCUCGUUGAUUCUCUCCCAUUCACACAGCGGAAACGUUUCUGACUUCCGGGAGGUGGCGUCUAUCCAGUCCAUAACCCUUCACCCGAUCGACAUAUUCUACGAGAACGCCACGGCCGAUGGGGCCUUCCACACGGACAGAACGUCUUUCCUUAGCCUGACAUGGUCGCCCCCGUCAGAGAACGCAUGGGGGACUUACAAGUGCGUGGCCAACGGGAUAGACAGUAUAGGGCACCCUGUCUCCGUUUCCAACACUCGGCAUUUCACGCGAGGAAAUUUCGAGAUCUUCUUGGAAGAGAUAAGCAGCUUGAAGUCUGAGCUGAAAAAGCUGACAGAGGACGUGGAAGGCAACGAAAAGCUGUGUUGGUCAGAGAUCGCCAAGAUGAAGAUCGAACUCGAAAGGUGUGAUGAAAAAAUUGAACGUUUCGUGAACUCUUCCAGCCAGCGGAGAGAACUCCUGGCUCACGCGCUGUUUGAAAUCCCCGUCGUCUUUAAUGGUCACACGUAUUUUCUGUCAAGACAGGAACCAAGCCUGGUGUCAACCGUUGCCACGGCAACGUGCGAAUCCUUAGGUGGCUACCUCGUUCACAUUGACGACAGGAACGAGUUCUCGUUCGUCCGCGAUCUGGUGAAACGGCACGCGGGCUGGAAAUUCGUCCUGAUUGGCGGUCUUAACGAGUCUCAAAGUGGGCAGUGGUUGAUUCCGUUCUACAACGGGGGUUCCGGUGAGCCGGACGAGAAGGGAAAUGAGCACUGUCUCGCCGUCGGCGUGGAAUGUGCGUGUGUGAUGGGUGACGUCCCUUGCAUCCUCGGCGAUAAUGAGUCACUUCCGGCCAGAUUUCUUUGUGAGAUCCCGUAAUGGAAAGACUGUAUUUAAGCAACUUUUUUUCUGCAUGACACUUUAAAUAUUUAACCUUACCAACCUUGAAUAAAUUGGCCGCUUGCUUCGUACAAUCUGUGAAUUCCCCCCUUCAUAUUUAUUAUUUUUCUUAGUUCGUCUUGUAUAGGCUAUUAAAUGAUUUCUCUAGUUCCCAAUGCAUCUGCCAUUUAAAUGGUACAUAAUAAUUAAUCAGAUCCUCUCUUACUUAUGAUCCUCAAUCUCCAUGUACUUAUUUUCUUAUUUCUUUUAUUUUACAUAUUUACAAAAUCUUAUUCUUUCACAGCAAUGAUUCAUAUAUUUGUUCACUUCCUGUACUCUUAGUUUUGGAAAAAAAAAUCAACUUCCGGCAAUACAUGAAUAUGGCGGACACUUAGGUUUAAACAAAAAAUACUUUCUAUUUCUUAUUUCUUUUAAUAUGCAAAGCAAUACAAAAAAACAAAAAAACAACAACAACAAAAACAAAAACAAAAUCUGAGAUGCCAUUUUUAUUAUUGAUAUUUCAAUGAAAUUCUUUCUUAUUUCUUUCAACUAAACGGGAAGGAACUACCGAAAAGAUCUUAAUUUAAAAGAAAAUUAUUACUCUUUUAACUUAAGAGUAAAAUAAAAAAAAAGGACGUCAGCGAUUCAAAAGAUUAAAUUAUCGAAUUCCGACAUGCUUUCCGAUCAUUAACACCAGAGGAGUGCAGAAUCUAGCAGAAGAAUUGAUGAACAAGUUGAAUAGAAUAAUUUUUGCCUUUUUUUUUUUUUUUAAAGAGGGGAAGUAAUUUGUUGAAGAAAUUCUGCUUAUGGUUUAAAUGCAAAAUAAUAUUAACGCAGUUGCAGCCCUUUGCCCAUAGAAUUUCAACCAGGCUUUGAGAAAAAAAAAAGCCGCUCAGAGCGAUAAGAUUGAAAGAACUUGAGGUUAGGGAAAAAGAUUUGGGUGAGACAGUAUAGAGGUAGGGAGAGAUGGUGUUACUUUUCAAGGGGUGGAGUUGUGGGCCUAGGAGUUCAGUCUUUGGCUCGAGGAGAGGGCGUAGGAUGAGAUUUUAUGGGUCAAGAUGAAGGAACGUGCAGAGCAGAAUCGAAC